AUGCGGCGGCGCCUGAUCUGGGUCGUGCUGCCCACAAUGUACUUCCGCGUCAUGGACAACGCACACUUCGACAACCUCGUCUGCCAGGCGUUGUUCGGGGACGGCGCAUUGGUCGUCGUCAUCGGUGCUGACCCUGUCGUCGCCACCGCUGGCGGCAGCGGCGGGGAGAGGCCGCUGUUCGAGCUGGUGCACGUGACGCAGACCCUCAUACCGGAGACCGGCGGCGCCAUCCUGGGGCUCCUUCGAGAGAUGGUCUCCAGCGCCGGCGUCGACUUCACCGACCAUGAUGACCGGAACGCGCUAUUUUAUGCGGUCCACCCGGGCGGGCGCGCCAUCCUCGACAAGGUGGAGGGUGUGCGGGGCCUGAGGCUGGAGAAGACGAGGGCGUCGCGCAAGGUGCUCGCGGAUUACGGCAACAUGGGCAACGCGUGCGCCUAG